UCUACCGUUUAAUUCGGGUGAUUAGCAAAACACACUAUAUCAGAAGAAAUUAAAAUAAUUGGAGCAAGUUUAUAAUUAUACAAAAGCGACCGGAUAAAAAACCUACUACGAGUAGGAUAGAAAAACGUCAUGUUGAUCCUAAUCUGCGUGGUGGUGUUCGCUGGUGCGGUACACGCGGGAAGCUCGAAAUCAUACCUUCAAGAUACCUUCGUAUAUUCACAGAAUAUCCCGCGAUAUUUGGAAGCUAAUCAAUCCUUUGCACAAGCGAAACAAUAUAUACAGAAUCAUUUACCGCAUGGCGGAACAUCAUAUGUUACGGAUGAGGCUAUUGCUUUCGGAGGCCUCGCAUCAAUAGCAGGGGGCCUGGUUCAAGCCUUUACAAUUGACCCCAGAUAUUAUGAACCGAUGAAUAUAAUUGAAGAUUACAAUAACUUCGGAAGAGCAAAUUACACUCAAGUAGUUAAAAUGACCAACGAAUUAUUGGAAGAUGCGAGCGCGAAAAUUACACCGAUAAUAAACCUCAUGAGAUCUUUAUGCACCAGAGAACCGUACCUAGGCUGCAAUGAGGCUGUGGACAAGAGCGUCAGAUCUAAUUCCUAUGCCUACUACAUGCCGGCUCGACUCCUCAUACAUCUUGGAAAAGUGUCAAAGAAUAUGAUGAGGAAUAUUAUUUUAUUGGAAAAAUUAUUACGUAACAAUGAAGUUGUGUCUUAUUUAUCUGUGCACGCCAAAGAUAGGGGUCUAAUGACGGUCGUUAAAAGAUUGUCGAAGGCUUAUGUCAUAAUGAAACGGAUGGGAACUUUUAAUUAACUUUAAUACAUGUAGACAAUAGAAUAAAACGUAUUAAUAA